UAGGUGCGUGCAACCUGGAGAUUGGGUCUGCUCGACAUGCGCUUUCGUGAAUUGGCGCCGUCGCCGUGUCUGCAUGCGCUGCUUUCCCUUUGCAGCUGGAAACGAGGUCUCCGCUUCUCUCGCCAAUGGUGCUAUCAUCGCCGCGCAGCUGGCUGCUGGCAUCGAGCCAAGUCCAGACACAAUCGCUUCGCUCGCUGCAAAUUGCCGUCCACAAACGCAACCAAAGACUUCAACUUCACGCCCCGAGUCUCUUGUCGGCGGAGCCCUCGCCUUGCCAAGCACUCUGGCAAGCACCCCAGUCUCCAGCAAUCCGAAGCUGGCUCCCUUCGCCGCGCUGGACGCUUCGUUGCCGCAAGCUCCACGCACAGCGGCUUCUCCACAAUCGCUGACCGACGCCAUGCAAGGCCUGAAAAUCACUCCCAGCCCCGCUAGUGGGACGAUUUCGAUGCCUAAUACUGCAACGGCUCCAUCGUUCGGAUUUUCUCUCAGCCCAAAUCCGCCCCUAACGCCAUCGGUGAUUGCAUCCUCUGGCAGUCCGGCAGAUCGCUCGAAUACUUGGAGCCCGUUGCCAGCUCGCCAAAGCUCGAGUCAGUCCAUCAGUAUCAAUGACGUCGGGCUUGAUGCAGCGACUAGCGAAAUGGAUCCACCGGAUAGCUGCCCUUACGUACCGGAUCCUAAAUGGCGCUGCCGCAACAUCGAUCCAAUCGGCACUCGUCCUGGAGGCUCCUACAAGCCUCGAGAGGCUGCUUACGACGCUGGCGGUCAUACGAGUGUCGAUGAAGAGGAUGCUUCGCCAAACGACAGCUUUGCUUCCUCUCGCACCCGAGCUUCUGUCCGACCUUUCGACUACGAAAGCGGCAUCGAUGCACUGUCUUUUUCUCCGGCACCAGCUCCUCCGCAAAAUGGCGACAAGCUGCGCGCAACCGUGGGUGCCAAGUGAAGGGCAUCGUGCAGAGCUUGAUUGAUCGUAGCCAACCUGUUCCAAUCGUGCCGCGCACGACCCUUUGCCUCAUCACGCCAAUCACCUUGCUCAUCAAAAAUCGCGAUUCCAAUUAUUUGUGGAUUCGUUGGACAAGCCUUGUUGCGCUUUGGC